UUAACUUUUAAGCCCGAUCACGAUCACGAUCAGUUGCCGGGUUCUUCAAUUUCCCGCCGCCCCCGCCACCGCCACCACUACGGCGGCACUACCUCCAGCGUCUCUAGCUACCCCGCAUUGUUUGCUUACCGCCUCCUCCCCGUCGCCGAUACAAGCUUGAAGGUGGAAUUGUCCACCAUGGUGGAAGAUCAAGAUGCAGGGAUGUUCAAUGUCAAACAGACAAUCGGCACGGUGCUCUGCUGCAGAUGCGGCAUCAAAAUGCACCCGAACGCGGCCAACAUGUGCGUGAGUUGCCUGCGAUCGGAGGUGGAUAUCACCGAGGGUUUACAGAAGCAUGUAGUUAUCUCCCACUGUCCAAACUGCGACCGCUACCUGCAGCCACCCAAGAACUGGCUCAAAGCCCAGUGGGAGUCAAAGGAGCUCCUCACGUUCUGCGUCAAGCGGCUGAAGAAUCUCAACAAGGUGACAUUGAUCAACGCCGCGUUCGUGUGGACCGAGCCACACUCCAAGCGGAUCAAGGUCCGCCUGACAAUCCAGAAGGAGGGCCUCGAGAAAGCUUACGUCGUUGAGUACGUCCAGCAGGACCAUUUGUGCGAGUCUUGCUCGAGAGUCGCGGCCAAUCCGGACCAGUGGGUUGCAUCAGUGCAGCUCCGCCAGCAUGUUUCUCAUCGCAGGACGUUCUUCUACCUCGAGCAGCUGAUACUGAAGCACGAUGCUGCUUCCAAGGCUAUAAAGAUCAAGCAGAUGCAUCAGGGCAUCGACUUUUUCUUUGGGAACCGUAGUCAUGCUGUGAAAUUCAUGGAAUUUCUAAGGAGCGUUGUCCCGACCAAGAGUCGUGAUGAUAAGCAGCUGGUUUCUCACGAUGUCAAGAGCAGUAACUACAACUACAAGUACACUUUCUCGGUCCAGAUCAGCCCGGUUUGUCGCGAGGAUUUGAUUUGCUUGCCUCGGAGGCUUUCUUCCAGCUUGGGCAACAUUGGGCCUCUUGUUGUCUGCACCAAGGUGACCAAUAGCAUUGCGCUGCUCGAUCCUUUCACAUUGAGACACUGCCAUCUGGACUCUGAUCAGUAUUGGAGGCAUGGUUUCAAGUCCUUGAUGACCAGUAGGCAGCUAGUGGAGUACAUUGUGCUGAAUAUUGAAAUCACCUCGCCACCAAUGGAGGCGAAAAUCGGUGGUGCCAGGUACCUAUUGGCCGAUGCAGAGGUGGCUCGAUUGUCUGAUUUUGGUCUCAACGACAACAUCUUCUGGGUGAGGACUCAUCUGGGACAUCUUCUGAACACGGGCGAUCAUGCCCUUGGUUAUGACCUCUGUGCAGCGAAUAGCAACGAUAGCGAGCUGGAGAAGUACAAGAGUAGUCUCGAGGUGCCGGAGGUGGUCCUGAUAAAGAAGAGCUACGAAGAGGCGUGGCAGAGGAAACGAGGGAAGCCACGGAAGUACAAGCUCAAGCACCUGGAGAUGGAAGUCGAAGACAGAGCCAGGGUCGACGAAGAGAAGGAGAGGUCGGAUUACGAGCAGUUCCAGAGGGAUAUCGAGGACGAGGAGAAUCCCGAGCUGCGGUUCAAUCUGUCUCUGUACCGUAAGGAGUACCAGGAGGAGUCAGAGGCCGGCUCAAUGGCUGAUGAUGCUGCUGCAGCUCCGUUGGAGGAGCUGCUUGCUGAUCUUGUGUUGCUUGAUGAGAGGUGAUGAGGAGGACGAUGAUGGCAUGAGGGAAUGUGGGAAGUGAGGGGAGAGUGUGUUGGUUGUGUUAAUCAAGAAGUAAUUUUGAGUUGCUCUUUUUUAUGCGCCAUUAGUGUAGAGUUUUGGGUUCUUACAAAAGCACAUAACUUUGAAAUGAGGGAGGAAACAACAUUUAUUCUGAUUUUUUAGUCAACCUGAGCAUGGUGGAGCAUGGCGAGACCAUUGUCAACAAUAUGAUGAUGUUUGCGUUCAGCACAACCAUUUUGCUCAGGAGUUUCUG